AUGCGAUUCCCUUUGUCUCGCGCCCCGUUUGGCAACUACCCGGCGCUCUCGGCAGCUCAAAUCGGUCGCAUUGAGUUCCUCGUGCAGCAGACACUCGUCGAGACCGUAGCCGAGUACGAAACGCAUCAGCACCAGCACCGGCGCUUACUGCCGCGAUCUCAGUACAAAGUCGUCAAGCGGGUAGAGAACCUCAUUUGCUACCGACAUCGGUCCGGCGUUGCACCGGCAGAAACGAUCAAAGGGCCGUCUUCGGCCCCCGACGUGGGCAAUGACGACACGGGCGAUGCGAGUUACCGGGCGCCAAAGCUCUUGACCAUUGGGUCAAUGGCCGGGACGCUCGAAGACGUCAUGUACGGCUUACUCGCGACCGACACGACGUCGACGUUCAUCCGCGCGUCGUACACGAACGAAGAGCUCGUGGACGCCGAACUACUGCACUGCAUCGAGUCGCCGACGGUCGCGAACCCGUUUCAGUUCUGCGGCAUCAAGUGGCACGUGCUCGAGCUGACAAAGGUCACGACCAAGCGCGACUUUGUCUUUGUCGAGGCGUCGGGCAUCCUCGUGCGCCCGAACGGCGAGCGCUUGGGGUACUACGUCAUGCACUCGGUGGACCUCCCGGGCCUCGGGGUCCUGUCGGAAAAGCACCAGGUCCUGCGCGCCCGCGUGGCCUCGUGCAACCUCUUCCGGCAGCUCGCGAACCACACGGUCGACGUCUACAUGACGGGUCUCGUCGACCUCAGCGGCUACAUCCCGUGCGCCGUCGCAACGGCUUCAACCGUGACGACCAUUCUGAAGCUCGCGCUCGCGGUCGAGUGUGCCCGCAGCAAGAAGCUCGAGUACCUGCUCGAACAGCAACAGUUCAAGCGUGCGCACGGACUCGUCCAUGCCAACGACAGCAACAACUGUAGCAGUAGCAAUACAACCUGCAAGAGCAGUAGCAACGGCCAUCGUGCCAAUGGCUCGGCCAAGUGGUCGAAGGUGCACGGAUCGACCGAGCCGUGUGCCAUCUGCACGACCGCGUUGCACCGGUUCCGGAGCAUCGCGUACUGCGAGCUGUGCUCGGAAGCCGUUUGCUCGCGAUGUCGCGUCACGAAGCGACUGAGCUACCGCGUCGCGCGCCCGAAGGAGCUCAAGCAGAAGAACACCAUCUUCUGCACGGCGUGUGUGGCCAAGGGCUCGAUCUUUAGUGCCGCAGACGUCGCGCGCGUGGAGCUGACGGCGCAGUCGUCCAUGGGAACGAAACCGACGCGCCGGAGGGACGACGACGUGGUUGCCACGCAGCUCCACCGGUUUCUAUCGAGUCCGAAGACGCUUUCGAGCGACACGUCGGCGUCGUCGUCGUCGUUGGCUCACUCGCGUCUUUAUGCGCCCGUCGAAGAGGACGAAGACGAAGACGACGUGGAGCCUCUGUACCCCCGACGAAGAAGUCUGAGCACCAACGACUCGGACGUGCCGGUCCGAAAGCGGACGUUGAGUUACCCGCCGGGCAUCGGCAACGCGAACGAACUGCGAUGGCGGGAGCCGAACUUCACUGGCAGCCUCAGCUCCUGCAGCGACUACUUGGGCAGCGACUACUUGGACAGCGACUACUGGGACAACGACGACUGCCCGGACAGCGACGACUACGUGGACAGCGACGACUACUUGAACAGUGAGUUCUACGAGACCGAAGCGGGUCGAAGGAAGACCCAGCCCCCGAAUGCGUUCUCGGAGCUGCCCGAGUUUUCAGAGACGUCGCUGGAUCCGCUCGCGUCGUCUUUGCCACCGAAAGCUACGGCAAAAAACUCGACGUCGUCCUCGUCGUCAUCGUCAUCGUCGCCGUCGUCGAUGGAAUUCCAAGCGCGAAGACAGCGCGAGCUCAUUCGACGCAUGGAGGAGCUGCGGCAGAACGCUGAAAGCGUGUACCAGCUCACGCGACGGAACACGCAGACGAUGCGGUAUGGCGGGCGGGUGGUCGAAGUCGCAAGUCAUUUGCACCACGACGGCCGACUCGGACAUCGACUGGGAGGAAGAGCUCUGGUUCAGCUGGAAGCGCCGUGUUACAAGUAA